AUGCUUACUUUCUUCCCAUUUCAAGUCAGGGAGUGUGAUGCUAUACAGGUAGGUGAGCAAGAUGGGUUCAAUCACAAUCAUGCAACGUAUUCCACUAUACUGCACAAGCUCGCACGAUCCAAGAAGUUUGAUGCUGUCGAUGCAGUUCUCCGUCAGAUGACCUAUGAGACGUGUGAUUUCCAUGAGAGCAUGUUCCUCAAUCUUAUGAACCAUUUCAACAAAUCCAUGUUGCAUGAUCGAGUGCUAGAGAUGUUCUAUGCGAUUCAGAAGAUUACUCGUGUUAAGCCCUCUCUCAAAGCUGUGAGCACCUGCCUUAAUCUCUUGAUUGAAUCACAGCAGGUUGAUCUGGCCAGAACUUUCCUUGUUAAUGUGAAGAAGCAUCUGGAUUUGAAGCCGAAUACUUGCAUUUUCAAUAUCUUGGUUAAGCAUCACUGUCGGGUUGGAGAUCUUGAAUCUGCUCAUGAAGUGAUGAAGGAGAUGAAAAUGUCGAAGCUUUCUUAUCCCAACUUAGUCACCUACUCAACUCUCAUGGAUGGUCUUUGUCGGCUUGGCAGACUCAAAGAAGCAACAGAUUUGUUCGAGGAGAUGGUGUCGGAGCAUCAGAUUGUACCUGAUGCUCUUACGUACAAUGUAUUGAUAAACGGAUUUGUUCAAUCCGGAAAAGUUGAUCGAGCCAGGAAAAUUAUGGAGUUCAUGAAGAGCAAUGGAUGCACUCCAAACCUAUUCAACUACUCGACCCUAAUGAAUGGGUUCUGCAAGGAAGGUAAAGUGACAGAAGCCAAAGAGGCUUUUCAGGAAAUGAAGACUGUAGGAUUAAGACCUGACACAGUUGGUUAUACGACACUGAUUAAUUGCUUAUGUAGAGGCGGAAAAACCGACGAAGCUCUGGGGUUACUUCAAGAGAUGCAGGAAACACAGUGUAAAGCCGAUGUUGUGACAUAUAAUGUAUUGCUGAGAGGGUUUUGUGAAGAAGGAAGGUUCGCUGAUGCCCUAGGGAUGCUAAAGAAGGCAACUUGUGAAGGGGUUUACUUGAACAAAGGGAGUUAUAGGAUUGUUUUGAACUGCUUGUUGAAGAGAGGUGAAGUGGAGGAAGCUGCUGUGUUCUUGGGUUUGAUGCUUGAUAAAGGAUAUUUGCCGCAUUAUGCGACUACAAACGAGUUGUUGGUGAAACUAUGUGAGGAAGACAGGGCGUAUGAUGCAGAGAUGGUGUUGUCAGGGCUGACGGAAGCUGGAUUCAAACCUGGAACCGAGUCUUGGUGUUGUUUGGUCGAGUUGGUUUGCAGAGAGAGAAAAUUGCUCGCUGCAUUUGAGCUACUUGAUGCACUGGCUGGAGGGUAA